AUGUACGAUAAGUUUACACCUACUGCCACAACUAUUUCAAAGUUUUCGAACAAUAUAAUGGAUAAAAUAUUUGCACCAGAAUAUUUUGAUAUUAUUUUUAGAUUUCUUCCAACUAAUAAAGAUUUGCAUUCUUGCCUUUUGGUUAAAAAACAUUGGGCUACAUGCGCCGUUCCAAUUUUAUGGGAAGCACCCUUCAAAAUUAAAAACAAGCAUGUUCAAUAUUUCAAAGUGAUAAAAAUCUAUCUUGCAUUUAUACCAGAUAGUACUUUUCUCAGAUUAGGAUAUAAUAGAAGAAUUCGGCUAUCGAUUACUAAACCUCCUUUGUUUAAAUAUCCUUCAUUUCUUAAAGAGCUUUCAUAUGUAAGAUUACGCAGACUUGAUAUCUAUAGCCUUAAAGAUUAUCAUGAUGACCUAAAUACUCAUUUUUCUGAAUGCACUUCAAUAUUUAAUAAAUUGACCUAUUUCAACUGCAGCUAUAAAUGGAUAGUACAAAAAAUACAAUUUUUUAAUGCCAUAGCGGAGAACUGCCAUAAUAUUGAAAACCUUAAAGCUAGCAUUUAUUCUGAAAAUGAAGGAAUAGCACUAGCGGCUCUUAUCCGCUCUCAAAAGCAUUUGAAAAAGUUCUCACUGAUUGACAGUAAUUUUGCAUCAUUUCCUAUUAAAGUUCUCUUGGAUCAGAAACAUUCACUUAAAAGUGUAACAUUUAAAGCAAUAUCAUUUUUUAAUUAUACUAUUUGUCAAUUAAAUAGCAGAGCUAUCAAUAUACUGGCUCAGUGUACAAAGAUCGAUAAAUUGAAGCUUAAACGCUGUGACGGGCUAAACUCAUAUACACCUUUUCCUCUUGCAACUGCCUUUUCGAACUUAACAUCUUUCGAAUAUUCGUAUGGUGCUUUUAACAUUAUUGAAAACAUGCCCCUAUUAAAUUAUUAUCUGAUCUCAUUAUGA